CAGGCUAUCAACAAACAACAUCCCUUUGGUCUUCCAUUGUGGAAACCCGCUCUCUACAAAAAAUCCCGAUCUGUCGUCCGCAAAGCCAAUCGUGCGCUUCAUUCUUCUCCAUCGUCUUCAUCCGAACUCUUCUUGAAUCCCGGAAACAUCGUAUGGCUGCUUCUGUUUGGAUGGUGGUUAGCCUUGGUGAUGUUCAUUGUGUCCCUGGUUCUGAUCAUCAUCCCACCAAAUGGCAGAAGCUAUGCCUUGGUCAUGAGAGAACUUUCGUCCUAUCUCUUGUGGCCAUUUGGCCGGUAUGUCGAAAGGACAGUAGACAUCAGACCAUCGGCAAUGCAAGGUGGCGGAGAGUUUGGUGACGAAGAAACCGGGUUACUGAAUCAGGAAGAUCCAAAGAAAAAUAUCUUUAACACUCUGGUUGAUAUACUAAAGUCAGGUCCAGCUGGGUGUGUGUACUACUUUCUAUUCGUGGGUAUAAUAGCACCUUUACUGUUACUGGUAUCCACUAUUUGCUGGAUGUGUGUUAUUACGAUUCCAAUGGCCAAACUCAACUAUAUCCUGAUGCGCCACCUGCGCCGCCACCCCCUCAGUCUCCGUUUCAAAUCUAGUCGAUCAGGCUCUCAUCAACUGGGAGUAAACCAUCAGCCGACAGUGAUCUUACUGUGCACCUAUCAGGCGUUUGGACUCCAAUACUACAAGUACACCUAUGACGGUAUCAACAUCAUCUUCAUCAACCUGCUUUCGCUCGUCUUCUUUGUCAUCUUUGACGAAUACAUUCUCAAGAAGCACUGGCCCGAUGCCCCCAUCACAUCCCCUGCGGUUGUGUUUGCUCUCUCGCUAGGCUCCGUCAUCCCUCUCUCCUACUUCAUUGGCAUGGGUGUCAGCUCAGUGUCUGCACAGAGCAGUAUGGGGGUUGGUGCAGUAAUCAACGCAACCUUUGGUAGCAUCAUCGAAAUCAUCCUCUAUGCCGUCGCUCUCAUGAGAGGCAAGAGCUCACUUGUAGAAGGCUCUCUGAUCGGAAGUAUCCUUGCCGGUGUGCUUCUGAUGCCUGGAUGCUCUAUGAUCAGUGCUGGUGUUAAAAGAAAGGAACAAAGAUUUAAUGCAAAGAGUGCUGGUGUCACAUCUACCAUGUUGAUUAUGGCCAUCAUCGGUGCUCUUUCUCCUACUCUGUUCUACCAAAUGUUUGGUUCGUAUGAAUUACUCUGUACAGGAUGUCCAGAAAAUGACACAUCAGGACAGUUGGGAUGUUCUCGAUGCUAUUUCGAUCAAAUGAACCCUCUAAAGGACCCUGUAUAUGAAAACAGUGUAAAGCCUUUUAUGUGGAUCUGUGCAGCUAUCUUGCCAUCUGCUUACUUGAUCGGACUCGUCUUCAGCUUACAUACUCACGUAGACAUGGUGUGGAAAACUACCCCAAAAGAGGAAGAGGAAGAGGAGGAAGCUGCAGGCCAUGAUUCACCCAAUUGGAGUAAAGCCAAAAGUUUUACUGUAUUGUUUGCCUGUACUCUACUGUACUCUAUUAUUGCCGAGAUUCUUGUCGACACGGUCGAUCUAGUGAUGUCUAGUGUUGCAAUUGACGAGAAAUUUCUUGGUUUGACCCUCUUUGCAUUGGUACCCAACAUUACAGAGUUUAUGAAUGCAAUUUCAUUCGCACUCAAUGGAAAUAUCGUUUUAAGUAUGGAGAUCGGUUCUGCCUACGCUCUUCAAGUCUGUCUUCUUCAGAUUCCAGCCAUGGUUGCGUUUUCGCUGUGGUUCAACUGGGGCAAGGAGGAACUUGGACGCUUCACAUUCAGCCUCAUUUUUCCCCGUUGGGAUGUGAUUUCAGUAAUAUUUUCUGUCUUCUUACUGACCUAUACCUACCAAGAAGGAAAAGCCAACUACUUCAAGGGAUCUAUCUUGAUUCUCAGUUACUUUGUUCUUGUCGCCGGAUUUUACUACAUCCCUCCUUUCUCCAAUACCAGCAUCCUAGUUGGUUAUAACCCUCUUGCCCAUUCUUCUCUUGUAUAA